UGUCUCAAUUUAUCGAUCAUUGAGCAUUACAUAUACCAUACCUAUUUGGUGCUGGGCUUUGUUUAUUUUUGUGAAUGAUUUUAUCAUAUUAAUAUUUAUAAGAUGUCGCUGUCUCGUCUUUCGUCUAAAAUUUUACGUUUGCCUAAAGGCAGUAUAAAAUAUUUUUCAGCGCAAGCCAAUGUGGAUUUAAAGGAUGUUAAAAAUGAAAUAAAAAAUUCACAAUUAAAAACAAGUCCCUCAUUUAUGAUGAAUAUUUUUCGUGGAAAGUUGGUUUCAACAGAAGUUUUCCCAUACCCUGACGUAUUGGCAACAGAUGAAAAAGAACUAAUUUCGAGUUUAAUUGGUCCUUUUGAAAAAUUUUUUUCUGAUGUUAAUAACGCAACACGAAAUGACGAAAACGCAUCAAUAGAUGACGCAGUACUCGAUCAAUUGUGGCAGCUUGGAGCAUUUGGAAUUCAGGCUCCUGAGAAGUAUGGCGGUUUAGGACUUGGCAAUACACAAUAUGGUCGUUUGUGUGAAAUUUUGGGUGCUAACGAUCUCGGUGUUGGAAUUACUCUAGGUGCCCACCAAAGUAUUGGUUUCAAAGGAAUCUUGUUAUUUGGUACACAAGAACAAAAAGAAAAAUACCUACAAAAAUUAACGACAGAGAAAGUAUACGCAGCAUUUGCACUUACUGAACCAAGUUCUGGUUCUGAUGCUGGUUCGAUACGAACGCGGGCUGUAAAAAGUGACGAUGGAAAAUAUUUUGUUUUAAACGGUUCUAAAAUCUGGAUAUCAAAUGGUGGGAUUGCAGACGUAAUGACAGUGUUUGCACAAACGGAGCAAAUCGAUUCGAAAACUGGCGAAAAAAAAGAUAAGGUAACAGCCUUCAUCGUUGAGAGAUCUUUUGGAGGAGUAACAAAUGGCCCUCCGGAGAAGAAAAUGGGCAUUAAAGCGUCGAAUACAGCUGAAGUGUAUUUUGAUAACGUUAAAGUCCCCAUCGAGAAUGUUUUAGGUGAGGAAGGCGAGGGAUUUAAAGUUGCCAUGGCUAUAUUAAAUAAUGGACGAUUUGGAAUGGGAGCAACUUUAGCCGGUACAAUGAGAUUCUGUAUUCAGAAGGCUGUAGAACAUGCAAAUAAUAGGGUACAAUUUGGAAAAAAAAUCAAAGAAUAUGGUUGUGUACAAGAAAAAAUAUCUCAAAUGAAUAUUCUACAAUAUGCUACUGAGUCAAUGGCUUACACCAUCUCACAAAAUAUGGACAAAGGAAGUAAAGAAUAUCAUUUGGAAGCUGCGAUAUCAAAAAUUUUUGCAUCUGAAUCUGCAUGGUACGUCUGUGAUGAAGCUAUUCAAAUACUUGGAGGUAUGGGUUAUAUGAAAGAAGCUGAGCUAGAACGUGUACUGAGGGAUCUCAGAAUAUUCCGCAUUUUCGAAGGGACCAAUGAUAUUUUACGUCUCUUUGUCGCAUUAUCAGGCAUUCAGUAUGCUGGCUCAAACCUAAAAUUUUUACAGAAUGCCUUCAAAAACCCUGCCGCAAAUUUCGGAGUUGUGUCAACUGAGAUAUCAAGAAGAGUAUCAACGUCGAUUGGAUUGGGUGCGAUAGAUUUCAAUCCAUACGUAGCACCAGAACUCACGGAUUACGCUAAAAAAACGGCUAAUUGCAUUGAAUUAUUUGGGAAAAAUGUUGAACGACUUCUGGUUAAGUAUGGAAAAAACAUUAUCCAUGAGCAAUACAUAUUGAAACGAUUAGCAAAUGCUGCAAUAGAUAUAUACGCAAUGGUAGUGACAUUGUCCCGUUCAUCGCGCGCAAUUGAAUUGAACUUACCUACUGUACAACACGAAGUGAAUUUAACUAAAGCUUUAUGCCUACAGGCAUCAAAACGGUGUAAGGACAAUCUUCGAAAUACUGAAUCUGAACUGGAACUGUUAAAUGUAAUUGGAGAAAUAGCUAAGGAAGUGAAUAAUAAAGGAGGAGUUAACACCACUCAUGUCAUUACUAAUUGAUGAUUUAUUUAAAUUAAGCUUUUUAAAAAUUUUCUAAACCAUUAAAAUUUAUAUAUUUUUAUUAAAA